AUGAAGAUGAAAUAAUUCCUUGAGUGUGAAUAUGCACUCUCAAAUCGCAUUAAAUGUGCAACUUGCCAUGUGGUCAUUUUUAAGAAUGAAUUAAAGAUUGGACAUGUUUACUUAAAAAAAGAUGAAGGACAAUAAUUUGAUAAGAAGGUUUGGUAUCAUCUGCAUUGCAUUAAAAAAUGGCCAACUGGAGAAAAGGGCUAGGAAUUGCCACUCUUUAGAUUGCAAACAAUAAAGUUGGAAGAUCAACUGAAGAUAAAGGAUUUAUACAGGUCCUUAUAAGACAAGCCAAAAAAUAAAAAGGAGAUCAAGGUCUUAUCAAAAUAAGAAUAAUAUGAGAAGUAUGUAACUGUAAAGAAUUUAAAUGAUCCAGGCUAAAUUGAUGAAGACGAUGAUUGUAUAAUGCUUUGA